AUGAAGUGGGACAAGUUGGAUCAGGCAGGGCAAGUACCCCUAUCGAGAAGUAGUCAUACCAUAACUUUCAUCAAAAAGGUUACAGGAAAGGCUUAUGUAUUCGGAGGUGAACACGAACCCAGGACCCCCAUCGAUAGCCAGAUCCAUGCGUUUGACCUGGACUCCAGAACUUGGGACCCUGUCCAGUGUUCAGGCGAUGCGCCCUGUCCCAGGGUGGCCCACUCGGCUGCACCUGUUGGUCAUACCAUCUACAUCUUUGGUGGGCGUCCAGGUAUUGAGAUGGGCGAGGGCUCCAUGAAUGACCUGUACGGCUUUGACACCAAACUGCGAAAGUGGUCAAAGGUGGAAGCAGAGGGGCCACCCCCAGAGGCUCGCUCUUUCCAUGCGAUGGUGGCCAGUGGGCGGCUCAAUGACCUGCACAUCUUCGACACUGAGUCCCAGAAAUGGCUGCAGAUGCCCAGCAGCCCAGACAUAAAGGGAAGGGGUGGUGCCGGGCUGGUGGCGUCAGCGGAUGGAGGCUCGCUGUUCGUAGUUGGGGGCUUUGCUGGCCACGAACUGAAUGAUGUGCACCGCUUUGACCUGGGGUCGCGCACAUGGGACUGCCCGGCCUGCUGCUCUGGCGAGGGCGCAGCUGAUCGCUCACUGCUGCCAGCUCGCAGCGUCUUUGGUGUACUAUUUGGUGGAGAGGUGGACCCAUCUGACAAGGGGCAUGCAGGGGCUGGCCAAUUCUCCAGCGACAAAUUCUGUUUGGACACGGCCAAGGGAGGCGCUGGAUGGCACAUGCUGGCAGCUGCAGGAAGUCCGCCCACACCUCGCGGCUGGUUUGCAGCCACUGCUGUGCCAGGAGGCAUGCUGGUGCAUGGAGGGAACUCCCCCUCCAACGAGCGCCUGCAGGACAUGUACAUCCUGGACCUGCACAGCGAAGGGUGA